ACUUCCAUAGUUCCAAGCUUCCAUCACCAGUCGAAGCUAAACAAACCCAGAUUCCACAAUGCCUCUCACUUUUACUCUCACCCCCUUCCUUUCACCCCCCAAAACCCUUCUCAAACUCACCUUCAAACCCCACCCAUCAAAAGCCAGAGUUUCUUCUUCUCCAACAAGACACAUUUACCAUCAUCUCCCUAUUGUCAACUCUGUCAGUUAUAACUCCGAACACCUACCGGUCACUCCAGAAAAACCCAGAUGGGAGAACAUGCUAGCCACUGCUGCAAGCUUGUACCCUUUGUAUGUCACGGUUGGUGGCAUUGUGGCUUGCUUUAAACCAUCUGCUUUCUCUUGGUUUGUGCAGAGAGCACCUUCUUCCUACAGCUUCUCUCUCGGGAUGAUUAUGUUGGCUAUGGGUCUCACUUUGGAACUCAAGGACUUGCUCAAUUUGUUCAUCCAAAGACCCCUUCAUAUUUUAUUUGGAUUCGUUGCUCAGUACUCGAUUAUGCCAACUUUUGCGAUGGUUAUUAGCAAAACUUUGGGGCUUUCACCAUCUCUUUCUGUUGGUUUGAUUUUACUAGGUUGUUGCCCUAGUGGUGCCGCAUCCAAUGUGGUGACCUUAAUUGCUCGAGGAGACGUUCCGCUAUCGACUGUAUUAACGGUUUGCACUACUUUUGGAGCAGUAAUUCUCACUCCUCUUUUGACUAAGAUUUUGGCAGGGACUUAUGUUACUGUAGAUGCUAUUGGACUUUCCAUCAGCACCCUGCAGGUGGUUGUCACUCCAGUUUUGCUAGGUUCUUAUAUACAAAGCUCAUUUCCUUCAGUGGUGAAAAUUAUCACACCAUUUGCUCCUUUAUUCGCUGUUUUAUCCUCAUCACUACUCGCUUGCAGCGUUUUCUCGGAAAAUGUUGUCCGUUUUAAGUCCUCGAUAGUUGAUGCAUCAUUGGCUUCCGAUGGCUCUCUAGUCACUCUCCUCCAGUCAAUAUCAUCUGGAGAGCUUGGUACUGUAAUACUUUCUGUGCUUUUGCUACACUUCGCUGGUUUCUUUGUAGGGUACAUAUUUGGAGCUAUUUGUAGAUUCAGAGAACCAGUGCGGCGAGCGAUUUCAAUCGAGGUUGGCAUGAAAAACUCUUCAUUGGGAGUGGUAUUGGCAACAUCUCAUUUCACUUCUCCGAUGGUAGCGUUUACGCCGGCGAUGUCGGCCGUGAUAAUGAACAUAAUGGGAAGCAGCUUGGGCUUCUUUUGGAGACAUAUGGGUGGUUCAAAACAGGAACUUGAUGAUAAUCAAGAGUGAGGUUGAAUUGUUUACUUUGUAGAAAAUAGAUCUC